GCAAGGAUGAAGGUCACCACUUCUGUGCGUGCCGUCGUCGUCAUGCUGCUUCCGUGUGCAGCAAGUCACAUGUAUCCGUCCUAUUGCGCCAAGGACAUGAGGUUGAGUGCGAUCCAGCCUCUGGAUCAGACGCUGUUGUCAACUGUGGAGUUGGUGCAAGUUCAAAUCGUGGUCCGGCAUGGGGCGCGGACUCCGUGCUACCCAGACAGCUGCUGGAAAGACUACGAUGAGGAAUGGAACUGCAUUGCGCGAGAGUUGUCUCGGCCUUCCUUGACAGGUCUGGACGACGUUCCUUCACGCAAGCACAAUAAACAAGCGCUCGAGUUCACCAAAGUGUUCACGGCCGGGGGCAACAUCCGCCGCGGCAAUUGCAGUCUUGGCCAACUCACUGACGAAGGGUUUGCCCAGGAAGUCCAAAAUGCCAAACACUUCCGAGACGCGUACGUGACGUCCGCCGUCGGUCUGUUCGCCGCAGACGAAGCCGUGGACUUGACCGACCCGUCUGACGUGUAUUUCGAAAGCAGCGACAUCCCGCGGACGGUGCAAUCUGGACAGACCAUUGUCCAAGGAAUGUUUCCAUCGGUGGCCCAUCCUACGAAGCCCGUGCCUUGGCACACCCAGGACAAAGCCGUGUCGACGAUCUUCCCCAACGAAGCCAACUGUCCGACCUUGGCUGCGGUGGGCAAGCAAUGGUUGGCCAGCCCCGAGUUUCACGCAUGGGCAGUCGCGCCAGCCAACUUGGAGCUGGACGCGGCGUUGGACGAGACUCUGACCUCGUUCAGCGCCCCCAGCUUGUUUGACUGCCUCAUGACAUCCAAAUGCACCGAUCGCCGGAUCCCCAUGUCAGACGAACUGUUCCGCGUCACCGUCCAUCGUGAAGAGACCUCGGUGCUCCUGCAAUACCUGUUUCAUGACAGCAAGUACUCCAAGGUCGCCAUGAAGGCCUUCCUGCAGCAGGCCAUCACGUCGCGGCUCUUGGACGCGGCAGAAAAUCACCACCGCCGCCGCCCACUGCGACUCGCCCUCUAUUCUGUUCAUGAUUCGUCGCUGAUGGCGCUACUGGCCGCGCUUGGAGGGGACCUCUGGCUCACGGAAUGGGUGCCGUACGCCAGCCACAUGGUGUUUGAAGUGUACAGAGCCAAACGGUCCCGACAAGCCAACACGCUGAGCGACCACACGACCGCUUCAAUUGACCACCCGUCGUUUUUCGUACGAGUGCUGUACCAAGGCCAGCCACUCUUACUAGGCCCAUGCACUACUGAGCUGUGUCCGGUGGACGAGCUCGCUGCGCUUGUGGACGCGAUGCCGUCCUGUCACGUGCCCCUGACAUUGUCCAACCACGUCGCAGCGGUCAAACCUGUGCCGAUGAUGAUGCUCAUGCUGGCGUUUGGGGUGGUCGUGGGUGGCGGCAUCGGCUACAUCGUCGCGUGGCGCCGCUCGCUUUGGUCAUCGACCCAGGUGUAUCAACGUUUAUAGAGUAAUUACUUUAUUUCAGGUUGUUUAUUACAUGGAUGACACAAACAACCGAGACCUCGUUGAAUCACAAAUAUAACGAUCCAUGGAAAAUCCAUGGAAUUCCCCCUUUUAAUCCCCGCGAGGUCCAAAGAAAAUGUAUCGACGCCAUCCCGUCUUUUCAAUGUCGACACCGUUCUCGGUGAGCUUUUGGAAUGCCUUGGCAAAGUCCUUGUGCCACAAGUCUUCGUCCUUGGCGUACAGUUCCACGUACUUUUUGAACUCGGGGUCCCAAAUGAAGGCCAUGUCGGCGGGCAGCAUCAUGAGCUCGCCCGUGGGGUCGGUGUAUUGCUGCGGCCCCUUCCACUUCUUGAGCGUCCACUUGUUCUCGAGCAGUUCACGGUAGUAUUCGUUCGAGAAUGUCCACUCUGCGCGCGUCCAAGGACCGCUGAACCCGCUUCGGGACGGGUAGCACCGCCCGACGGCAUGCGCGCCGAUCAACGCCACGAUUUCCCGGUCGUUGAAGCCCAUGCGGUAAAAGAUUUCACGCACGUGGUUGAUGGUGUUGGGCUUGGAGCCCUUGUCGGCGUCGGGCAAGCGACCGUCGGGGGUGCAUUCGUCGCCGCUCACAGCGUCCUUUCGACCCAAAUGGAACUUGACUUCCGGGCCCCCCAUUUCCGAGAUCGCGACGAUCCCGGCCAACACAUACAAGUCGGCGUAGGAAAUGCCAGGGUAGUUUUUCUUGAUGGGUUCCAGCUUCUCGAUGGCGGUAUCCAGACCCGCAUUAGCGCCAUGAUUGAUCUCCGGGUCAUGGCGAAUGGUGCCACCCUUGGAGCCGCCACUAUUGUCCUUCUUGCUGUACGUGCCGGACGAGUGCCACGCGAGGCGCACCAGCGUGGGUCCGAGGUACGCGUCUUUUUCGAUCAAUUCCGCGAUUUCCAAUCGAAUUUUUGCAACAUCGGGAACCGUUUCCUUGGCAUGGAGAAUGGUCAUCGAAGCACCGGCUGUCAACAGAAGCGCCGCGGACAUGGCCGACACGUUCAUGGUCUUGGACGACUUGGUGGUCUUCGCCGCUGUCAUCAUGCUGCGGACCAUGGCGCGGGGGGCGUUCACGCGAGCAAUCGAGGUCGCAGCGCCGAGACGGGUGGCGCGGGAAGCAACUUGACGGAACAUCCUUAGGUGCGACGCUCGUCAAAAUCUGGAAUGGGGGGUGUGAAAACGAAGG